AUGUUAGAAGGUGCAAAAUUAAUGGGUGCCGGAGCUGCUACAAUUGCUUCAGCGGGAGCUGCUAUCGGUAUUGGAAACGUCUUCAGUUCUUUAAUUCAUUCCGUGGCGCGAAAUCCAUCAUUGGCUAAACAAUCAUUUGGUUAUGCCAUUUUGGGCUUUGCUCUAACCGAAGCUAUUGCAUCGUUUGCCCCAAUGAUGGCCUUUCUGAUCUCAUCCGUAUUCCGAUCGAAGGUUGAAGUGCAGUUUCAUAAAGCCUCCUUAGUCAGUCUAAGCCGCGCUGAAGCUUUCACGAGGAGGAUUAAAAAGACAAGUGUUAACCCUUGGCGUGGGUGGACAAAUUCCAUCGUCGUAAGGCGUAAGGGGGAGGCCUUGGUCAAUCAAUGGCAGUGA